AACGAUCGCAAUUGACCCUACACCCGCUGAGAGAGGUGCCAUGGACUCUCUCAUCCCAUUCACAACGUCUGGCUCGCUAGUAGAUUGUGUGGACAGAAAAAUGCUCGUUAUCUUACGAGAUGGGAAGAAACUACACGGUGUGCUACGGUCGUAUGACCAGUUUGCGAACUUGGUGUUGGAGGAGACGAUAGAGCGAAUAUAUUCUAAGAAUCAUUACGCAGACAAGUAUGUCGGCCUAUAUCUCAUCCGUGGAGAGAACGUCGUACUUCUAGGCGAAAUUGACCUAGAUGAAGAAGACGAGAUUCCGUUGCGCAGGGCGGAUUACCAGGAACUUGAACCAUUUCAUAAGCAGGAUAUUGCGGCCAAGAAGCAGCGCGACGAUGCGAAGGCCCAAAUCUUGCAUGAACAGCAAGGUUUCUGUAGAGAAGGGGGAGAGGGCGACGGUUAUUGAUUUGCGACUUUCAGUUCUCGUCCUCUUCACGUUUUGUUGUGUUGUACCUGCAUUUUUCUGCGCUCUCUGGCGUGUGGCGUUUUUGACUGUAUAACUUAGCGCUGGACAAAUUCGGCCUUCGAGGUAUAUAAUUCACUGCCUCGAUUCUAUUCAUGUAUGGCACGAGAAGGUACUCGGUGAACUAUGGAAGAUACUAGCAGGGAAGAAGGCGCUGAAGACUGUGUAAGCGUCUGUCAUGAAUCCAAUGCAAGGGUAUAACAUUGUGCAGAAACAUCUCAAUAACAACCUCGAAACACCACCGACCAACUGUCAUCUUCUCUCACAUAGCAAUCCACUCUGCCUCAUCGUCGUCCUGCACCUCUUCCUCGACAACGUCGUCUUCGUCACUACCGUCCGAAUCCUGAGCAAGCGCCUGCCCCCGUUGCCCCCUGAACGCC